CCAUGGCGACUCGGCCAAACCGGGAAGACGUUGAAGACCUUCGAAUUCAUCAACCACUCCAGUGACGCGCAUGCCAGGCGCAACUCUUCCAUCGCCUUCAUCAACGCAAUGGCCAGGAAAGGGCAGAAACUCCAGGCAUAUGCUGAACACCUGUUCCAGAGAUGUCCGGGGCUGUCGACCCUCAAACAGAUAGAGUCGAGCAUGCGCUACACAAAGAGCAUCGUGAGCGGCAAGAAGAUCGAUCACGACCUUCCCUGCACGGGAGGGGACGACAAGUUGUGCCACAUCUUUGACAACCUCACCGUGUGGAACGAAUUCCUCUGGAUCCUGGAUGCACAGCUUCAGGAGGUUAAGCCGGGAGUGCUGGGGGUGGUCUGUCUGCGUGGCUACUACUGGGCACCCGUCUACAGCAACCUCCCGAGGCGGCACGCCUGCAUGCUUCUGCACUGGCUGCUCAUGGUGCACCCCUGCGUCAAGGUCCUCGAGCUCCGCGAGACGUUUCUCGACAAGUACCCCGCGCUCUUUUGCGACGCGUUGCGCAUGAGCUCUGGGUUGAGGCGGCUGAAGCUCAGCAAGUACUAUGUCGAUCGCAAUGUCAUAAUGGACGUUGUGGAUGCUAUUGGGAGCAUGAAGCACCUCGAAGAACUGGAGUUCACUCGAACCUGGAUCUCCAAGGAUGCACUGACUCGUCUCUUUGCCCACCUGAGGCGGAUGCCAUCCUUCAAGUCGUUCUCCUACCACCGAGUGCAGAUACGGGCUCCCAAGUCCGAGCUGCUGUUGCGGAACCUAAGGAGCUGUGAAAACAUCACGGUGUUGCUCUUGGACACAUUCAGCCUCAUUCCGGGAGACAGCCAGGUCCUCGCAGAGCACCUUGUACAGGACUGCACCCUGAGAGAGCUGACCAUCAAUAGCGACCAUUCCUACAAGAUGGAGCCCAUUUUCAGAGCGCUGGGAGACAACCAGUCCCUCAGAAAGCUGCACAUACUCGAUUGUUCGCCGACAGUGCUCGAGACUCUGAGCCUCGUUGAAUCAAUGUGUAAGAACGCCACACUAGAGCACUUACUCAUGGAGGGAAGCUUUCGGUCCUCCUCACCCAUGGAACCUCUUGCAGAGCUGGUGGAAAAGAACAAAGGGCUCAAGGAGCUGGCACUUCCUUGCACAGUGCGAUGCAUUACUCCAUUUGCUGAUGCAAUCCGGAAGAAUGAAGUAAUGCAGAAGCUGUCGCUGGGUUCGUGCAAAAUGGCCGCAGAUGAGGUACAGGCAUUCCUGAAUGCGCUAGCUGCCAACAGUUCUCUUCAGCAUGUGGACAUGGGAUCAGUACGGGCCAACCUGGUUGCAGACUUCUCCAAGGCUUUGCAAGAAACAGAAACCGAAGAACGGGUGACCUUCGAAACCAACUUUGAGAAUGCCGAACAGUGCAGGGAAAUUUUGAACACUUGUAAGAAUCUGACAAAUGUUUCUUUUUCGAUGGCCGAGGAUAAUGACACCGCAGUUUUGCACAACAUUUUUAAUCUGCUGACUCGCUGUCAUCGGAUUGCCAAGCUCGUCGUACGUCUGCACAAGAUCGACGACGCUUCGGCAUCUGCACUGGCAAGGUUCUUGUCUUCGACAAAGACCCUCAAGAACCUCAGCCUUUGUUUCAACACGACAGAGUCUACUUUCUCCAUCAUCUUGGAUGGACUUUGCCGCAACAGGAGUGUCUCCAGCCUCUACCUUAAGCCCUGUCUUUUUGAAGAACCGGAGAUAGAGUUGUUCACGACGCUGUUCAAGGCCAGCAAGACAUUGAACCGCCUGACCCUCGACUCGUCUACCGCGGAGACGGAGCAUGACGAGGAACUGAACGACACGUCGCUAGACAUACUGGUGGGCCUUGCGAAGUGCAUCCCGCUCAGCCUCACGGUGCUUGAGGUGAAGAUAUUGGAGCACCGCGAUUUUGAGGAGGACAUGUUCGUGGUCAGAGACACCAUGCGACGCAAUCUGUCCCUCGUGCAGCGCGCUGCUCAGUUUGUGGCAGGAGUGCGGAACAAGCAAAGUGCACAUGCAUUCGAGCGGGUGCAUCGCAGCGAGGCGUUGGUCACGAAGGUCCAAGAGCAGGCCCAGGUGACCUAUGCAGAGGCCAGGGAGAAGGUUAGGGACAGCCUGACAGACCUGGACAUCAACUUCCUGGCCGUGGUGGGAGUCGUCAAGAGGGAAGUUGUCUGCGUGGGCGAGAGCCUCGGCCAGCUCACGCUGGACAAGAUUGGCGUCGACAUGUGGGUGCGUAUCCGCUCCUACUUAAAAGUGCCAGACGUGUUGGACGAGCCGGUGGCAGAGUGCUCCAAGGCUCCCGCAAAGCGUCGCUAUGUCCGCAAGAGGAAGCUGCAAGAACCUGCAACUUGAGAUCCCCACUUCAUGCGGGAGUUUCUCCCGAAGUCUGUGCCAAGGCAGCAUCACAUUGCAUCCCGUGUUUGUGUUUUAAAACUACCGCUACAUUGUUUUUUCUUUAAAUUAAUUUAUGGAAGCAAGGUUGCUUGCAUGCUACAGUGCUUUCAUUUGUUGCAGCAUUGUCUGUUUGUUUUGGGAUGGUAGACAACCUGUUCUACUGUUUCUUGCAUUUUUCCUUAACCAGGUUGUCAUUUCACAUUGAAAGAUCUCAUCAUAGCUCAUAUUUUAUUCUGGUAUGUUUUAUAGUUCCUAACUGAACGAAGGUCCCACUGACUGAUCUGUUAGAACUAAAUAGAGCGUGUUUAAGAGGACAGAAAGCCGUGUAUUUCUCACUGCAAAAAUACAAACAAAAUAACUAUGCAAUGCAGAAUUCAAUCUUUGCCCAAAUGUGGUUUUAGCAAUUGAGACAAGCUAAAGUUUCAACCCUUAGCAGUGAGGAAUAUGUGGUUUACUUUCCCUCCCAUCAGCCAGUAUGUGUGUCAAGUUUUGUUUUUGUUUCGUGCCUUUAAACAAGUGGCUUCUUUGCACAUAGUCCUGUUAAAAAAUUCUGAGCAAGGAGCUUCAAAUCUGUGAGAACUAUUGUGCCCAAUAACACAAUUUUUUUUUUUAUAUAAACAGCAAGGUUGUUAAAGCAGCUCCUCAACCAUUACGGGAGUAUUGGUUUUGUUUCCACUUUCAAGAUGUUGCUAUAAGUAAAAGUUUUGACAAAUAAAGAAUGAUGUUUCUAAUUAACUUCUCAUA